AUGUGGAAAAUGUUUAUGGGUAUGAACACUUUUUCAAAGCACUGUAGCUUAGUAGUGUGUUGUGUUCACAAAAAGUAGUAAUUACUUUAAUGUGAUAUUUUUCAUUAGUCAUGUAUUCACAUUGCAACACAGCAGUAAAAACAGCAACAUUUGACUGCUAGACACUAUGACUAAUAGAAAAUCCCCUAGUUAUCUUUAACAUGACUUCCUGACCCAAAAUUAAAAAAAAGCCACGUGACACGACUUGUUUCAUUGUUCAUUUUCAAGUUCACUGACAUUCUCUUUUCUUUCUCUGAUCUGGAACAGUUACAUUUAUUUACAUUCACUGCUGAAUUAAACCACGCCAAGUGCUCGCCAGUUUGUGCUUUUGAAAUUUUCAGAGAAGAUAAAAACCAAUGUAGCUGGAAAAAAAAACACAUUCAAUGAUUUUGAAAUCCUUUGGAUCUGAUUUGUAAAUGAGAAAAGCAAAUAAAAACUAUUCCAGCAACUCAACAACAUGGAUGGACAAGACAGAAAACUAGUUUGGUUUAAAAAACUUGGCUAUGCAGAAGAAGAUAUAACGAAAGCAUUGGAGAAGCUGGGCGAGAAGGCACUGGAUAACGAUGUUUUACAGGAGCUAAUAUUCACAGGAAACAGAGCACAAGCUGACAGAGAUGCAGCAUCGCCAAAAACAUUCCUGCCAAGGCUGGUGGCUCGUGGGUGCAUCAACACAGAAGACACUGAACAAAGAAAUCAUACAGAGGACAGCAAUCAGACUUCCAACAAUUUAAGAGCUAUAGUCAUAGAUGGUAGCAAUGUAGCAAUGAGUCAUGGAUUCAAGACAGUUUUCUCAUGCAGAGGCAUAGAAAUUGCAGUGGAAUGGUUUAGAAAGAGAGGACAUGACUACAUUAAGGUGUUUGUGCCUUCCUGGAGGAAAGAACAGCCAAGAAUUGAUUCACCCAUAUCAGACAAGCACAUUCUUGAUGAUCUGGAAAAGAAAAUGAUUCUAGUUUACACUCCAUCUAGAAACAUUAAUGGCAAAAGGAUUGUAUGCUAUGAUGACCGCUACAUUGUCAAACUGGCCUUUGAGAAAGAUGCCAUUAUUGUAUCCAAUGAUAAUUAUCGUGAUCUACAAUGUGAAAAUGUAGACUGGAAGCGCUUCAUAGAAAAAAGAUUGCUAAUGUAUUCCUUUGUAAAUGAUAAAUUUAUGCCUCCAGAUGAUCCAUUAGGCCGUCAUGGACCUACACUCUCCAACUUCCUCAGCAAAACACAUGCUCCAUUUGACCCAGAAAGACAACCUUGUCCAUAUGGACAAAAAUGCACUUAUGGCAUCAAGUGUAAAUUUUCCCAUCCAGAAAGACUAAAUCAGCAGCAGCUAUCAGUUGCAGACGAACUAAGGGCCAAAACAAAGCAUGCCUUCAUAGAGUCUGAACAUUGUAAUGAGCUGCUGACAAAAGGUCAUGCGAGGCUCAACCCGGUUUUCUCCUUUCCAUGCUGCCACAAUUGGUCAGAACAAUUUGUGAGUACCAAAGAAACAUCUCCAAGUUUAAAGAUGAAGAAGAUACCAAAGGAAAGGCAGCUGGGGUACUCUGAUAUGGGUACUUGGGCCGGGAGCAGUUGCCAUCAAGGAUCAACCUUAAACUCCUUAGACCGACAAAAUCCAAUUCUGCGUAGGGAAACGAGUAUUGCCGAUCAUACAUUUUCAACAGUGCAUAUGUGCAAAUGGACUCAUCCACAGGGAAAUGGUGAACAGAUGCAAUACAGAAUGACAGAUCUAAAUCACUGCUGUAGCUGUUCUUCCAUUAAUACAGACUUCUUCCUCAUUCCUCACACCCAUAGCAUGGACUGCACUUGCAUUAAGCAACAUUACCUUCCAUGUAACUUUUUGUCUGAAACUCUUCCUCAACACAUCCAUACACAAACUGGUUACUGUGACCAUCGGGGAAGAAGACAAUUGCUUUGUUUACAUGAACAUAGCGGACAUUUGAAAAAUAGCGGCAAACAUACACUUUGUCAGAGAACAGACACUUCUUUGUACCCUGAAAGUGUGAACAAUAUUUAUAAGGAACCAAAUGAUCACAUGACUCCACAACAGCAUCUAGCCAUAACGAAACCACCCUGGAACUAUGGCCAUUAUACUGGGAAUGACUGCUCUUCUUCAGUGCUAAAGGAUAAUUAUAGGCUUUUGACAGAUACUCAUUUGAAUCAGAGAAAAGAAAUAUAUGCUUUAUUAUGUGGUGUUUAUACAAAUGCAGAGAUUGAUCAAGUUAUGGCUUCUAACCCAGAGACCACCAAUAUUAUAGAAUUAGCUGCCUUAAUUCAAAAAUCUAGAAGAAGUUAACAAUUUUAUGGGAGAACA